GCGCAGAGACUGCGGGAGCGUCGGGACCGACAGAGACGGAUUACGUCAAGAAAUAGUUCCUCCACCUACCUCGGCCGUCCUCUCCGCCCCUGCGGGGCUCCAGCGCCCAGCUCAGCCCCGAGGGUCCGGGAACCCUGGCUUCGGGGACUGGCAUUGGCACCCCAUUAAGAAAUUGUCCCGGGGUGGGGGCGGAGGCCAUCUGCUUAUGGGUGGACACCGGCAGGGGCUUCUGUGCUGAGAUGGCGAGUUGUCCUGAAGGGGCGGCGGGUCCUUGGGUCCAGAGUUGCGGACCCCCAGGAAAACGCAGGUCGCGGGGAUCAGCAGAGAGAAGGGGGUGGGAGAAGGGGGAAAAAAAAGCCAGGAAAAAAAGCCCCUGCGCAUUGAUCCGCGCCGUAUUUUUGGGUAAAUACGAUCACGUGGGGGCCAGGGAACCAAUGAGCUGAGGGGAAAAGGCUGGAAAAAUAAUUACCUGCCUUGAUUGUUCUGUGAGCAGAUAAAAAGUACAUAUACAGUUCAUACAAUAAUCUUAUGUAUGUAAAACCCUGUUACGAUGUCGGCGACGGGGCCCAUCAGUAACUAUUACGUGGACUCGCUCAUCUCUCACGACAAUGAAGACCUCCUAGCGUCCAGGUUUCCGGCCACAGGGGCUCACCCCGCCGCCGCCAGACCCAGCGGUUUGGUGCCGGACUGUAGCGAUUUUCCGUCCUGUAGCUUCGCGCCCAAGCCGGCAGUGUUCAGCACGUCGUGGGCGCCCGUGCCCUCGCAGUCGUCCGUGGUCUACCACCCGUACGGCCCCCAGCCCCACCUCGGCGCCGACACGCGCUACAUGCGGACUUGGCUCGAGCCGCUGUCCGGCGCCGUCUCCUUCCCCAGCUUCCCGGCCGGGGGCCGUCACUACGCCCUCAAGCCGGACGCCUACCCCGGGCGCCGCGCCGACUGCGGCCCGGGCGACGGCCGCAGCUACCCGGACUACAUGUACGGCUCGCCCGGGGAGCUGCGCGACCGCGCCCCGCAGACCCUGCCCUCGCCCGAGGCGGACGCCCUCGCCGGCAGCAAGCACAAAGAGGAGAAGGCCGACCUGGACCCCAGCAACCCCGUGGCCAACUGGAUUCACGCCCGUUCCACGAGGAAGAAGCGCUGCCCGUACACCAAGUACCAGACGCUGGAACUGGAGAAGGAGUUUCUCUUCAAUAUGUAUUUAACCAGGGACCGUCGGUACGAGGUGGCCCGGGUUCUCAACCUCACCGAGCGGCAGGUCAAAAUCUGGUUUCAGAAUCGGAGGAUGAAGAUGAAAAAGAUGAAUAAAGAGAAAACCGACAAGGAGCAAUCCUAAACCCUGCCCCAGCCUGCUGCCUCGCACAGCCAAGGGAAAAACAAAACAAAACAAAAAACCCACAAAAUACCCCAGCCCAGGCGGGAGACAGCACUGAAAGAAAAAAGGAAAGAGCAAGAUAGAGAAAAGCCAAUCGGUUUAAAAAGGAAAAAAAAAAAAAAAAGGGAAGGGGAAAAGGAAAACUCUUGCUAUUUGGGAGGGUUCAGUGUUGAGAAAUUGGUGUUUUAGAGUUAGUUCUACCCAGCGAGGAGGAGGAGGAGGCGGGGAGAGAAACCGCGUUCUCUUCUCCCAGCGCAACUGAAAUAAAUGACACACACAAAUGUGAUUUUUUUUUCUCCUUUCUUCAGAGAAGCCAGUACUUGAAUCGCUAUAUUUCUAUUUUUUUUCAUGUAUUGUAUUUGGUCCGGGCCAUCGUUCCCCAGGCCUGGGGUGCUCUGUGUGCAGAUUUUGUACAAACACACACACGCGCACACACACAACAUACACAAGUAUGCUUCCCAGCCCAGGAGCUAAAAGGCGAGGGCCGGGGACCAUGCCGCAGGCUGGGUCCAGCGGCACAGGCCGGCGCCUCUGGAGUGUACAUAGCAGUCUCCUCUCAUCCUCAGAGUCGGUCCUGUAACGUGCUUCUGUUUGUUAUGGUAGAACAGCUCUGUGUUAAUAUA